AUGUUGAAGUUGCUAAUUUUUCUAUUCUCAAUUUCAAUAGUUUCUCAAAAUGUUCAAUCAAUGGGAUUCGAUUUUUUAAAAGCAAUUGAACAGUAAGUUCACGUUCUGAAAUUUAAAAAAAACUUCUCAACACAGUUUUUCAGUAAUAUUGAUACAAAUGUAGAUCCUUGUGAUGAUUUUUAUCGUCAUUCUUGUGAUAUUAACAAACCAGUUAAUGAAACCAUAAAAAUUUUGGCUACCAAAAUGUAUCUAGAAGUUAUCAAGAAUAUAACCCUCACUGAUGAGUUUGAAUAUGGAAAUGUGAGUUGAUAAAUUAUCAUUGCCAUUAAAAAAUGCAUUAUAGAAAUUGGAAGCGAAUGAUUCUUCGAUUAUUUUGUUAAAAGUUCUUCUAGAUAAAAAUCAAACCGAAAAUAUUGAAACUUUAUCUAUGUUUUAUACUGGAAAGUUUGUUUUUAUAAUUUUUUUGGAUUUAAAAUGAUUUCUUCACAGCUGUCUGAACAAAAACAAACAAGCGAUAAAAUUCAUCUUACAAGCACUUCAAAACUCAUUUCCAACUAUGAAAUUUACCAAUUUGAUAUAUGAUACAAAUUGUAGAAGAUCUUCAGGACAACUACGCAAAAAACUUGAAAAAGUUUGGUAUGAUGAAAUUCAAGUGAGAUUUUCAAAAAAUGAAUUAUUUAAAAUUGAUUUUUGUUUCAGUCGAGUAAAGUAAACUUCUCUCUCCCUGUGAAAACAGCAUUUAUCCGGUCACACGCUUGGAUGUCAAUAAAUGAAGAUUUAUUUGACAAACAUCGAGAUUAUAUGGAAGAAUUUAAGGCGGAAAUUGAAAGUCUAAUGAAGGUUAGAUAAUGAUCCCCAAAAUAAUAAUUUUUUCUUCAAUUCAAGAUCACACCCUGGGUUAAACAAUCUGAUACAGAGAAUUUUUUCAAAAAAUUGCUUGACUCAACAUUUUUUGAAAUGGGCCCAAGUUAUCAACGUGAAAUGGGAAAAUUUGAAUUUUUAAAUUUAUUAUUGGCAAAAUGCAGAUCGUAUGUUUAUCUUUUUUUCAACAAGUGUUUUUUUGUUUCAGAAAAUAUUAUCAUGAUAUAUCAUUCCUAAAGCUAUCUAUGUUAUGUUUCCUUGAACAUACUCACACAUUUUCCCACAGGCCCGCAUAUCUAAAUGCGUUCAACGCGCAACCAGAUAUAGUUUUUCACCAUUCACUGAUGUAUGUAUUUUCUAUGAGUCCACAUCCUGGACUUCUAGUGAGUUCAAUUUUCAUUUCUAAAAUUAAAUGAUAUAUUAUUCUAGUAUGGUGCAUCAGGAUCAACAAUGGCACACGAAUUAGGUCAUUCGUUUAUCAAAGGUCAAAAAGAUUUUCUUUUUGUUCCAUACUCGCCGAAAGCUUACAAAUCAUGUGUUCAGGAACAAUUUACUAGCACUUGCUCAAUUUUUAAAGAGGUAACUAAAAGUUAUUUUCACUAUACACACAGUUUUUCAAAUUUUCAGAAAGAAUGUGAAACAGGUGAUCAUCAGUUUGAUGAAAAUGGUUCAGAUAUUUUUGGAUUGAAAUUAGCUUUUGAUUUGAUGAAAAAGAAAUUUGGAGAUAAAAUGAAUGUGAGUUAUUUCUAAUUUCAAAUUGUUUUCAGAAUAAAUAAUUUUAGGAGGUAUUGGAAGGAUCUCGAUAUAAUCUGACAAACGCUGAAGUAUUUUUCUACGCGGCUAACAUUUUCGACUGUUCGGUUGGUCAUUUUCUGAUCGAAAUUUUUUUUUAAAUCAAUAAUUAUGAUCACAUUCAGAGAGAACAAUCGGCAUCUUUGCCGACAGAUAGUCAUCACGCUUCAAAUGCAAGAAUAAAUGCAGCCAGUGUACAAGUUCCAGAAUUUCAACAGAUUUUUGGAUGUGACAACAAUAGUCGAAUGAUGAGAUCAAAAACUGUGAGGAAUUUUGAAUCAGUCUGAAAGAGUAAUAAAAAUCGAUGUUUCAGAAACAAUGCAUUCUUUUUGGUGCCGAUGCUUCUGAUUGA